AUGACGAUGAAGGUGGGUGCGGGUCUGUUCCUGAUGGCUUUCGCUGAUGCAGCCUGCUGCAACAAGACCUUCGGCACAGCCUGCUGCAACAAGUCCCUCUGCACAGAGUCAAGCUCUCCUCAAUGCCACUGCGGCGACGCGGGUGAAGCUUGUCCCUCCGCUUGUAAGGCCUGUCACUGCCCUUGCUCAUAUCCUUCACAGUGUCGCUGUGCCGACACCGCCAAUUUCUGCUACGAUAAAUGUUCCUCUUGUGCAUAUCCUCCACAGUGUCGCUGUGCUGACACCGCCAAUUUCUGUUAUGAUAAAUUUUCCUCUUGUGCUUACUAA